AUGGCCGAGCCGGUGGGCAUAACCGGUACCGCCGCUGGCUUGGUUUCCCUUGGGCUACAGCUUUACGGCGAGAUCUCCAGUUAUCUCGCCGCAUACAAGGGAAGACAGCAAGAUCUCGACUUCGCCAAGCUCCAAUGCGACAAUCUCAAACGGUGCAUCGACGCUAUCAACUCUGCUGCACUACCCCCGACAAGUGAUGCUCUCACCACGAGCCUGGAAAGUUGCCAGAAGGAACUCGAUGCUUUGAAUGACUUGGUCAAAGGGCUCCAGGAUCCAUCCUCGCCGGCCACCACGCUAUCCGACAAGCUUCGAGAGAAAGGGAAGAAACUAGCGUACCCCUUUCAGCGCGAAGGGUUGAGAGAACUUAAGGACAGACUCGAGUCAACCGUUCCCGUUCUUCAACUUGCAACACAGACCUUGGGAUUGUGA